GUACUGAGUUAUCUGAGCUCGAUUAGCUGUGCCUUCACAAUCAGGGUCACUUGCAAGCUUUGAAAAAUAGAUGGAACCUAAACGUCGAUUCUGUUAUUAGUUUCAUUUAAACGUAAUAUUAUGGACCGCCUAGCAUCUUUUGCAAAUGACCCCUCCGAUAAACCGCCGUGCAGAGGUUGUUCAUCGUUUCUGACUGAGCCUUACAUCAAAUGUGCAGAAUGUGGACCGUCACCUUUCCUGCUGUGCCUCCAGUGCUUCACCAGAGGAUUUGAGUACAAGAAGCACCAGAGUGAUCACAAAUAUGAAAUCAUGACGUCAGAUUUCCCCGUGCUGGAGCCUGGGUGGACGGCCCAGGAAGAGAUGGCCCUGCUUGAAGCGGUCAUGGACUGUGGCUUUGGAAAUUGGCAAGAUGUUGCGUAUCAGAUGCGCACUAAAACCAAAGAGGAGUGUGAGAGCCACUACAUGAAGAAUUUCAUCAAUAACCCACUCUUCUCCUCCACCCUGCUCAGCCUGCGGAAAGCAAAAGACUCUCGUGUUGCAGAGGGCGCUAUUCCUUUUAAACCGUGCGACGAUCCCCCUCGGCCCACAUUUGACUCGGUGCUGUCUCGCGACAUGGCUGGAUACAUGCCUGCCAGAGCCGACUUCAUGGAGGAGUUUGACAACUAUGCAGAAUGGGAUCUGAAAGAUAUUGACUUUGUGGAUGAUGAUUCAGACGUCCUUCGUGCAUUGAAGCUUGCAGUUGUUGAUAUUUAUCAUUCAAGAUUAAAGGAGAGACAACGGAGGAAGAAGAUAAUCCGAGACCAUGGAUUGAUCAACCUGCGGAAAUUCCAGAUGCUGGAGCGAUGCUACCCAAAGGAGGUGCAGGAGCUGUAUGAUGUCAUGAGAAGAUUUGCCAGAGUGGUUGGACCAAUUGAACAUGACAAAUUCAUCGAAAGUCACGCACUGGAGUUUGAGCUGAGGAGAGAGAUCCGCAGGCUGCAGGAGUACAGGAAAGCUGGGAUCAAGUCUUUCUGCAGUGCCAAGGUGUACGAGCGGGUGAAGCGAAUGCGUGAAGACGAGCGGAGGAAGAGGACCAUGCUGUGUGACGUGCUGCAGUACAUCCAGGAUGGCAGAGCCUGUCAGCAGUGGCUCAGCAAACAGGCUGCAAUAGAUGCUGGAAUCACUCCAGCUGUCACAACAAUCACAGUGUCAGCAACAGGUAGGCGGAGCGCCCCUCCUCUCAACCUGACCGGACUGCCGGGAACAGAGAAGCUCAACGAGCGGGAGAAAGAGCUGUGUCAGGUGGUGCGGCUGGUACCGGGCGCAUACCUGGAGUACAAACAAGCUUUACUUAACGAGUGCAGACGGCAGGGCGGGCUGCGGCUGGCGCAGGCGCGGGCGCUGAUCAAGAUCGACGUCAACAAGACUCGCAAGAUCUAUGACUUCCUAAUCAAAGAGGGUUACAUCACCAAGGCGUAGGAGUGUUUGACCACAGUGGGAGGUUCGCUCGUGGUUAGUGAUUAGUUUGUUUUUAAUCUUGUAAUGUCGUCAGUUCAAGUUUUGUAAGACGUUCAGAUUGUUGCUGCUCGUUUGAAGUAUUAAAACAUUUGUUGUUGUGUGUUUUAGUCCAAAUGUACUCAAGUCUUGUAUAAUUGUGAGAAGAACAGGGGAUUGUAUUAAAAUGAUGUAUUUAUUUCUCCUGAUAUAAAGUGUUAGAAAAUGA